AUGGUGUCGGUUCCGUCGGUUUCUUCCGCUGCGAGGGUCGCUGUGCUGCUGGUCAUCGUGGUGCUGGCGUGGGUCAGGCAGGUAGAUGGCAGUAUCGACUCCAAUCGAACGUCGGCACUGGAGGAGGCGCGGCUGCAGCGGGAAAAUCUCGUCCGAAAGUACCUGAAGCGGCUGAAGAAGGAAGAUGGCGCAAUCAAGCUGAUCGGUGGUCGAGGUGAUUUUGAGGGAAACGUGGAGAUCUUCCACGCGGGCAAAUGGGGCGCCGUGUGCGACGACGAGUGGGACCAGGCGGAGGCGGAGGUCGUCUGCCGGCAGCUGGGAUUCCCGGGCCACAUCAAGCCGACGCACACGGGGCACUUUGGCCGGGCGAAGCGUAAGUUCUGGAUGGACAAUCUGUACUGCGGCGGAAAGGAACGGGAGCUGGCCGAGUGUCACUUUGACGGUUGGGGCACGAACGAUUGCGAGGCGGGUGAGGCGGCCGGCGUUAUCUGCAAGCGGCACGAGGACGACGAACCGGUGACGACUGAGAAACCCGUUCCGGUGGAGAUGAAGGUUCCGAAGGAGCGGUUGGGUGAGCAGCGCCGGUUGGAGCUGCGGCUUGUGGGAGGACGUAUCGCGGACGAGGGUCGUGUGGAGGUACGGAUGGUGGAUGGGGAAGGGGCGGGACGCUGGGGCAGUGUGUGCGGCGACGGGUGGGGUUUGCUGGAGGGAAACGUGGUCUGCCGUCAGCUCGGCCUGGGGUACGCGAACAACGCCGUCCAGACGGAUUUCUUCUCGGAACCGGAAGUGGCGGAGCUGCCGGAGCUGCUGCUGAGUGGAACCGAGUGUUACGGCAAUGAGUCAUCGCUGGCCGAUUGCUUGCACGAUCCGAUCGGGUGGCGCAGUGUGCGGUGCAGCGAGAGGCGCGGCCACGUGGCGGCUGUCACGUGCGUGUCACAAAUGGCCGACCUGGUGUUUGACCACGUGGAGAUGGAGCAAUCGCUGCACCUGGAGGACCGCCUGAUGUACCUGCUGCAGUGCGCCAUGGAGGAGAACUGCGUGGCGUCGCAAGCGUACGAGAUUCAGCGCGAAAACCCCAACUGGCACCUGGAGUCGCGCCGGCUGCUCAAGUUCACGGCGCGCGUCGUCAACACGGGCAACGCGGACUUCCGGCCGCACAUUCCCAAGCACCUGUGGGAGUGGCACCUGUGCCAUAUGCACUACCACAGCAUGGAGGUGUUCGCCACGUUCGACGUGAUCGAUGCGGGCGGCCGGCGGGUGGCCGAGGGGCAUAAGGCUUCCUUCUGCCUCGAGGACAACCAGUGUCUGCCGGGCGUGGAGCCGAGGUACGCGUGCGCCAACUACGGCGACCAGGGCAUCUCGGUCAACUGCUCCGACAUCUACCGGCACAACAUCGACUGCCAGUGGGUGGACAUCAGCGAGCUGGACUUCGGCGAGUACACCAUGAAGGUGGCCAUCAACCCGGAGUUCAAGGUGCCGGAGAUGCGCUUCGACAACAACGCCGCCACCUGCCGCCUGCUCUACACCCAAACGUAUGCCCGCGUGUUUGACUGCAAGCUGGAACGGCCCUGA